GACAAUGAAGAGUGAGUGAAGAGUUAUCUUUUUUUUUAAUUGUUUUUUUUUCUAAAUCAAUCUGCUGGUUAAAAUGAAUAUAGCCUAACUACUGUGCGUAGAGAUGGCAUCAACGAUCUGCUGACAGGAGAAAAUAUGCAUAAAUACCGUUAUAUGGGAAAAUAAAGCAGCAUCUACUAUAAUAUUAUGAAGAAAGUAGUCCCUGCCGUCACGGGCAUGUAGGCGAGUCACAGUGUAUAAAUACGCCGGGUUGUCAAACAGUAAAGUUUCUCUGGACCCUCCAUACAAUCUGUCAGCUGAAGACAAACUGGAAAAACCCUUCGGCCAUUGGAGAACUGGGGCAGCAAUUAAAUAAAUCAACAACACUAAGGUUAAAAAUACCUAGUGGUCAGCAUCUAAACCAACGACUCGACAGGUCCGCCUUGAAAUCCCCGACAACACAAGGGGAAUAAAACAGAAACGCAGGAGUACAAGUCACGCUAAGACGUCAGUGACAAUAGUUGGGACCUGAAAACAUUGUUACACAUUUGUUGACGAAAAAAAGACAGCCUGCAACCUGCUGCCCCAGCCUUCAAGGUGCCUUUACCAUGGUGACACUAAAGGAAUCGUACACUUUACAAUAAGCCAGAGGAAAAAACUCCUUGUCACAGUUGCAUUGCCUCACUUUCAGCAUCAUCUGGAUCCCUUUCCUCCCACGACGGCGCUAACCUGGUGCAGCCAUGCAUCUAGAAGUGAAGGUCGCCCUCAACUUCAUCGUGUCCUACCUGUACAACAAGCUGCCUCGGCGUCGAGCUGACCUGUUCGGCGAGGAGCUGGAGAGGAUACUGAUGUCUCGUUUUGAGGGUCACUGGUACCCUGAAGCCCCUCUCAGGGGCUCUGCCUUCCGCUGCAUUCACCUGGGCGCACCGAGGGACCCCGUGGUGGAGUUGGCUGCCAAGAGAAGCGGACUGGACACCGAGGAAGUGCGUGCGAAUGUUCCUGCAGAGCUCAGUGUGUGGAUUGACCCUUACGAGGUAUCCUACCAGAUUGGAGAGAAGGGGGCAGUGAAGGUUCUCUACCUGGAGGACCCUCUCGGCCUCGACGGCGAGAGGGCCGAGGGGGUGAUCAGAGAGGGUAAAGGAGAUGCAGAGGCGGAGGAGGCCAAGAGUCUGGGCUUUAACCCAGACGCUCAGGUGUUUGUGCCAAUUGGAAGCCAGGCGUCUCCUGCCCUCAUGCCGUCACUCUCCAGCUCUCCCACACCUCUGUCUGGCCAGCCCUGCCCCGGCCUCUUCAGCUACCCCAGCUCCAGCACGCCCACCGACCCUGCUGCCCACUCCUCAAACACCUCUACCCCUUCUCCUCCCAGCGGCGGGCUGCCCUACCUCUCCGCCCAGCAGCAGCCCUCUGCUCUUGCCACUGCCCGUCCUCAACCCAUCACCUUCACCACCGCCAGCUUCGCCGCCACUAAAUUCGGCUCGACCAAGAUGAAGAAGUGCAGUGUGGCCGGUUCGGCAGCUGGCCCCGGAGCGGUCAUACCUCCUGCCCAGAGGAUGCUCACCCGCUCUCCUACCACCAUCUCGGCGCCGGAGCUGCUCAAGCACAAGCCCCUAUCUCUGUCCUUGCACUCCCUUGGAGGUCCCAUCGCCAGCCAGCUCUCUCCCAACGCCAAAGAGUUUGUCUACCCAGGAUCCCCAGGCCCCCUUUACUUUGAUGCUGACACCCAGCCCAUGCAGCCUCACGCCAGCCCAUUCCAACCCCCCCACGCUGUCAACACCCAUCCGUCCUUUGACCCCUUCUCCAGCCCUCCCCCUGCCCAGAGUGUGGGAAUCAUUGGCAGCAACGGAGGAAUCUCCUACAUGGAGAAGCCGCCGUUUGUCGAGGGUUUAGGAAGCUACAACCUGCAAUAUCCUAGCCAGUCCUUCCAGCCUGUUGUGCUGGCCAACUAAGCCUUCAUUUGUAACGAAAAUAAUUGUUGUAGGAGGAGGUGGGUUUGGACAAUGAUGCUCCAGAUAUUUUCAGUUUUUCUAACAAAAAUUGUUCUAAUACAAGUUAAGAAUUAGUUUUACUACAAAGAUUUAAAAUACCACGUCCACUGAAUAAUUCAUGUGUUUUGUUCCUCUGUCCCCAACCCCAACCCCAACCCCAGCCUGCCCUUUUGUCCGUUGCUGUUACUCAUCACGUUCUGUGUGUUGGCUUUGAUGACAGGAGUGGGUGGGUGGGGGGUGAGUUCCUUUCUACCUUGAGUUGUUGCCAAUCUCUUUGUAUAUUAUUUUGCAUUGAAUGUUAAUGUGAGGGACUUUCUUUUUUUCUUUUUUUUUUUUUUUUUCUUUCUUGACUUGUAGUUUAAUGGACCCGGCUCUAGUACAGCUCCAUUUUUGCACUGCAGUGUCAUGCUGUGAAAAAGGACCUCGCCAAGUCCUGCAGGGAACAACGGCUGUGGAAAGCUCAGCACUUUGCUCUGCAAUCUGCUCUGCCCUACUUGCUACAAAUACAGAGAGGGAAACUCUGCUGUGUGUGUGUGUGUGUUCCUGUUCUGUAUUGUUGUGGUGCCGCGUGAUGGAGAGACCCACUGUUUGUACGGUGGGCCCCGUUACCCCUUGAAACGCACUCGUACGCGGGCACAAUUUGACUCUGUCACUGGGCGUAUAUUGGAAGCAGUUUAUUGUCAGCUGGGAUGUGUACAUGACGUGGGUUUAAAAUGAAGUGAGAGCAGCGGAGUGAGCAGAAAGGGAGCAUCGGGGUGUUAAGGGAGUGAUGUAGUAGAAUGUAUUGUAUCUGUCAGGGGAAACUGCAGCUGGGAAGGUCAGGGAAAUCUUGGUGAAUGUGAAAAGCAAGUCAAUCUUUUGCAUUUUAAGACGAUAACAAUGCGCCAAUACCUCAAUUAUACACACCGGGCUCUAAGUUAUAGUACAUGUAUUUAAAAGGGCCGACGUGCACACACAUUCGCACACGUGCACCCAAUUCCAGUCAGCAGCGUGUGAAGGUGAAGAGGCGUAGGGGAUGCAGCAGCAGGGAUUGUGAUAUAUGGCUUAGCGUGACUUUGACUAUGAAGGAGAGGUUUUCCUCUGCACGGAGAGGAGAGAGGAAUAUGGGAGAAAAGGAAACGAGAGAGAGAGAGAGAGAGAGAGCGAAGCAGCUAGAGGGUUCUGUUGCCUCGGUGUCGUCCAGGCUGUAUUGGCGUCGGGAGCGACACUUUAAAACCCAGAACACGUUUCUGGUGAGCUUAAAUGGUAUUGAAGCAAAAGGCUCGCACUAUUCUCUCCCUCCUCUUGAAAUUCUUCAGUGAUCUCUUCUCCUCCUGGCUGUGUAACAAAGAAAACUCCCAGAAUCCGACGGUUCAGGUCUCUUUUUACCCAGUUAUGCAGACAAAGAUACAAAGAUGAAUGUUCUUCAGUGGUCUGUGGCUCUUGUCACUUUAUUGGAUAGCUUGUCAGAUCUCUGGAAGUCUGCUGCUUCUGACAAAUGGUUUGUUUACCAGCCAGGUCCACGUGAUUGUUGGUUUGUCACUACAGGGAAGGGUAACUCUCGGCUGUUUAUUUGAUCUGUCCAGCACUUUAUUACUGGGCUCCUGAGGCUGUGUGUCGCCCACAGACACCAGCGCUACACCAUUCCUUUGCCCUCUGUUUGGUAAUGGCACCUUUUUAUUCAGCUGUCAUGAAAAUGCUUUAGGGAUAUCUAUUCAAACGCAUCAUGCUGGUGAGGAGAUGCUGUCAGUCCAGUCCAUUUAUUUGAAUGUUUUGUAUAAGAUGACCCGAGGACCCUUGACUUGUGCUCACGCUGGUUUUGCAAUGUGACAGCUUGUCAUACGCAUGCAAGUUUUUAUUUCUUUUCAAGGGAAUGGAAUGGGGUGGGGAGGCACACAUCUCGGCAAACGUUAUUGAUUAUUAAGGGAAAGAUGCGUUUAUAAUUUUUUUUUGUUUUGUAAUUUAUUUUACAAUAUUUCUAUAUUUUUGUUUUUGCAGAAUUAUCACUUACAUUUGUAUAAGUAAGACAUGACAAGUCCAGGAAUAUGUAUAUACAAAGUUCUUAUGUUCAGAUUAUUGGUUUAGUUUCUUACAUGCUGAGGUUAUUUUUUCAGAAAAUAACAUGAAUAUAUGCAAACUGAGACAAAAAUAAAAAGAUGUACAGAAUAAAGUAUUGAAUGUGUAUUGUACCUUGUACAGAAUCUGUCGAAAAGAAAAGAAGGAAAAAAAAGACGGGUAAAUGUAUUCAUUCUUCAAGUUGGAUUUGAAGUUUAAGAUGUGAAUGUUUACAGUGGGUUUGUGUAGGAAAAGAUGGCUGAUAUCACUUUCUUUGCUGUGCUCCCAGGGCAGUCUGACAACACUACUCCCAUAGGCAGUACAUUUAAACCAAAAAUCUCCACAUUUCACAUUCAUUCAUCCAUUUUCCUUUUUUAAAUGUGAAUUAAUUGCAUUUUGUGGUCACCCUGCCUGUUUGUUUCCCUUGAAAAAUUGUCCACUAAUAUAUUUUUUUCCCCAUCUUUAUUUAAACCUUUCACAUCAACCCUAACAUUCCUGUUUUCACCCGUGUGCUAUUACAGUACGUAAGGCCAGAUAUAAUCAGAUUUAAAUGAACAAAAUGUCUUUUUAACCUCCCUUAUAUUAUAUAUCCCAUAAAAUGUCACUUCCUUAUUAUUUGUAGUGGGUUCUCUUCUCCCCAUCAGCCUGGUCCUGAUACUAUAGCCAUAUCCCAGACUGUCUUUGCUUACACAGAUGCUCACCCUUCUCCAGUGCAAUGUAAUGCCAUAAUUUAAAUUACCCUGAAGGAUUCAAGGGGUUUCUACCUCUCUGCACCUGGGUGGGGGGGAAAUCCAGUAUAUCUCCUCCAUAGGAAGCGGUGUUAGGCAGGUUCGGGAGGAUGAAGGAAAUGAAUGUGCUGUGAAUGUUUGUUAGUCAACCCUGGUUGAGAUGGCCUGCGGGAAAUAAAUGAGGAAACGGAUUUUUUAUUUUUUUUUGUCUUUAAGAGCCGUGGAGAGUUUUUUUUGUUGUUGCAUGCAUGUCUAAAACGACUCCUUUCAUUUUUUUCUUUUCCAUAUUUGUCAGAUUAUUCAGAGCAAACGAGGUGUGUCGUUAAAGUUCCUCUACGUACAGAUCGGGCUCUUGAGGUGAGAGAUCCUCACAUCUGAACGCUGGUUUGUGUUUUACACCCAAAAAGAAACCCAUUACAGUAGAUAGUGUUUUAAACACAGCAAAUUAACUCCAAACGCAGGCUAUUCUACAACCGGGGUUGAACAUUAAUGAAGAGGAAAAAAAACAAGAAUUUUGUAUUCUGAUGUCCUUUUGCUUAUACAUCGAUGUGUGCGUCUUAUUUUGCACUUUGGGAUAUUUCAUUGUCAUAAAAGAAGUUUAUUUUCUAUGUCAAAUUUAACAUUUAAGAGUAAAAUAAAUAUAAUUAAAAGUUCAGAUGAUGUAUAAAUAUAGUGCUUUCUUUCCUGCCUGUAUUUUAUUAUUAUUUUUUCCUAUUUUGUAUCUGAUCUGUACACCCUGUAGAUGUGUAAUGAAUCUUUCACUACUGAAAUGCAAUGACCUGUUUUCUGUGCUGCCCCUCGGGAAUGGGGAGUUACUACUGCAGUUUCUUAUUGUAUCAGAUUCUUUUUUAAGUUUGUAAUAAAAAAAAAACAGAUUGGCAAAAA